AUGAGCUAUGAUUAUCAUCCCAUAUCAAUCUCUGAUGAUGAUGAUGAAACGACGCUAACAGAAGAAGGAUCAAGUACGACUACAAAACCAAUUCCGUUAGAAGUAACAGAACAAGAUUACAUAAAAAACAAAUCCCAAUCUUCAUUCGAUCUACUAUUUCUACGUCGUUUCCAUCGUAUAUUACGUAUACUUUUCUCUCCCUCGAAUCCAGAUGGAAAUGUGAUAUUGAUAUGGUCGUCAUUAAUAUGCUUUAGUUUAUUAAAUGAAAUAUUGGUGUAUUUUACUGGUAUGAUUCCAAGCAGAUUUUAUACCGUAUUAAUAGGCAAUGAUUUGAAUAACUUUAAGCCACUCAUGAUUUAUUCAAUUGUGAUCGUUCUUUGUGCUGGAUUCUGUAGAAGUUUCGUAAAAUUCAUUGGAGGCUUAUUUGCCUUAUCAACAAGGAAAAUAUUGACCAGAACUUUACACAGUCAAUACGUAAAUAAGAAUGCCUUCUAUCGUUUAUUAGCCUCCAGAACUGGCGUUGAUAAUCCUGAUCAACGAAUUGCACAAGAUGUUGAUAAAUUCUCAGAGACAUUUCAAGAGAUAUGUGAAAAGACAAUCAUUACACCAAUUCUCAUCAUUUAUUACACAUACAAGACAAGUAGUUUGACUGGUUCUUUGGGUCCAUUUUUAAUUUACUCGUAUUUCAUAUUAGGGAUCACUGCUAGUAGAUUCCUUAUAAAUCCUUUGGUAAAUUUGGUAUACAUAAAAGAAUUUCAUGAAGGGAAUUUUAGAUUUCUUCAUAUUAGGAUACGACAAUUUGCUGAAUCUAUAGCCUUCAGUUUGGGUGAAAAGGCUGAACGAUAUCGUUUAGAUUCUUUCUUUAAUAACAUCUUGAAAUAUCAACGAAAAAUAAUUGAUCGAGAACUAUAUUUGGACGCUCUCACCGAAUCAUUCUCAUAUUUUGGAUCAAUUUUCAGUUAUCUCAUAAUUGCAAUUCCUGUUUUUUCUGGAGAAUAUGAUGGGAUUGAGAAAGAAAAAUUGGGUGGAAUAAUUAGUAUGAAUGCUUUUCUAUCCUUGUAUCUGAUUUAUCGAUUUACGGAGAUUGUAAAACAAAGCACAAAUAUAUCAGAUUUGGCAGGUUACACUGCUCGUAUUGGGCAACUAUUGGAGGCAAUUGAAGAUAUUAGCAAUAAUACUGAUGACGUUGACCCCGAUUAUCCCUUCGAAUAUCGUCCUGGUGCUGAACUUUCGAUAGAAUUUAGUCAAGUAUCAUUCGCAUCCCCCACAGGAACCCCAUUAUUAUCGGACUUCAAAUUCACGAUCGAGCAAGAAAAGAAUGUUAUGAUAAUGGGACCAAAUGGAAGUGGAAAAACUUCCUUAUUGAGAGUCAUGUGCGGGUUAUGGCCAACAACCAAAGGCCAAAUCGAACAUCAAAAGCAGAUCAACCACAAAUAUUUAAUAUACUUACCACAAACACCUUAUUUAGUAUUUGGAUCAUUACGUGAUCAAUUGACUUAUCCCAUGAUAAAUGACGAGAAAAAUCAACUUUUAAAUGAUGAAGAAGUAAGAACGUUACUGGCUUUGGUUAAUUUGACGCACAUUGAACGAAUAGUGCAGUCAUUUGAUUUAAAAUAUGGAAUUGAUUGGAAUAUAAUGUUGAGUCCUGGCGAACAACAAAAACUUGCGUUUGCUAGAUUAUUUUUCUGGGAACCAACUUUUGCCGCACUUGAUGAGGCGACAAGUUCAUUGGAUUCAGAGACAGAGAAACUUUUCUUUGAUAAAUGUAAAGAAUUGGGCAUAACUGCAAUUACCGUUUCCCACAAUAAGGAAUUAUUGCAGUAUCAUGAUAAAGUAUUAUUGUUAGAUGGUAAAGGUGGUUAUGUGACCAGCGAUAUAGAUAUUAAUGGUACCGAGAGUAUUGAGAGAUGGAUUGAUUCCACUUUAAGACCUUUCUCUUGA